UCUGUAUAAACUAGCCAUUUAUCAUCAAUCAUGGCCGCCGGAGUACAAAUCUAACUCCCGUCUUUCCUCCCUGUCGUCUGAAGGGGAGGAUUUUUGUUUGAGGAAACACAAUAUUAGCCCCACACUGAUUUGGAUUUCCUCUUGGAAUUACAAUACAUCUCACAAGGGAAAUACCAUUCAUGUCAAUACUCCAAAAUGCAGCCGCCGCCGAGGAAGGUCAAAGUGACACAGGAGCUGAAAAACACACACACGGAUCAGAUGACAAGACUGCACUUUAAACACCAGACCGAAUGUGACCUGCUGGAAGACAUGAGGAGCUACAGUCUGAAGAAGGGACAGCUGGAGAGGGACUAUGCACAGGCUCUGCAGAAGUUAGCAAGUCAGUACCUAAAGAGAGACUGGCCUGGAAUCAACCCUGAUGACCAGAGAACAGACUAUCGGAAUGUGUAUGCAGUGUGGAGGUCCUACUUAGAGGGUACAGUGCAGGUGAGCCAGUCCAGGCUCAACGUGUGUGACAAUUACAAGAGUCAAGUAUCAGAUCCCGCUAAGACUGUUAGACUCUACAAGGAACAGCAACUCAAAAAGACCAUAGAUCAGUUGAGUGGCAUUCAGGCAGAGCUGCAGGAGUCGGUAAAGGAGCUGGCCAAAGCCAAGAAAAAAUACUACGACUGUGAGCAGGUUGCCCACGCUGUACGAGAGAAGGCCGACAUAGAGGCAAAGUCUAAACUGGGUCUUUUUCAGUCAAGAAUUAGUUUACAGAAAGCAAGUGUAAAGUUGAAAGCUAAGAGAAGUGACUGUAACUCCAAGGCGACACAAGCCAGGAAUGACUACUUGCUAACGCUAGCUGCUGCCAACGCUCACCAUGACCGCUACUACCAUACAGAUCUACUGCACUGCAUACAGCCCUCCUCUCUGUCUGUCCUCCAGGCCUUGGAUGGCAGGAUCUAUGAGCAUGUGAAAGACUAUCUGGUAGCGCUGUGUCGCACCGAGCUAGAGGCCUCCCAAGCUACACACAACACCUUCCAGUUCCUGUUGGACAAAUCCACCAGGAUAAUACAAGAGUUCAACCAGCAGUUGUUCAUGCAGGAGAAUCCAGUGUUUCACAAAGCACACGACUUCCAGUUCCAGCCUAGUGAAUGUGACACGAGUCGUCAGCUGGAGUCGGAGACGGGGACGACGGAGGAGCACAGUCUGAACAAGGAGGCCAGGAAAUGGGCAACCAGAGUGGCCAGGGAACACAAAAAUAUCAUUCACUACAAGAGAUCUCUGGAGGAGUGUGAGAGCCAUGGCUUGCCCGCCACAGAGCAAGGCAGACUAGAUCUGGAGCUGAAGAUAGAAGACACCAAAGAAAACAUACGCAAAGCCGAGACAAUAAAAUUGAAAGCUGAGGCUCGGUUGGACCUUCUACGUCAAGUGGGGGUUGCUGUGGAUACCUGGCUGAAGAGUGCAAUGAAUCAGGUGAUGGAGGAGCUGGAGAAUGAACGUUGGGCCAGCUACACUUCCCACGAUCCCUCACUGUCGGGCACAGUGGACCUGGAGCGUGAGGAGGGUGAGGAGUGUGAAGAGAAUAUGGAGGUUUUUGACGACAGCAGCUCUAGUCCUUCGGGAACCCUUCGGAAUUACCCGCUUACCUGCAAAGUCCUGUACUCGUACAAGGCCUCUCAGCCGGACGAGUUGACUAUCGAUGAACAGGAGAUGUUGGAGGUCAUUGAGGAUGGAGACAUGGAGGACUGGGUCAAGGCUCGCAAUAAGACUGGCCAUGUUGGCUAUGUCCCAGAGAAAUACCUGCAGUUCCCGACCUCCAACAGUCUGCUGAGUAUGCUCCAGUCUCUGGCUACACUCGAUGCUCGAUCACACACCUCGUCUAAUUCAACUGAGCCAGAGCUGCUCUCUGGCUGUAUCAAUGGAGACACAAACACGGUGUAUGUCCGUGCACUUUAUGAUUACGAGGGCCAGGCGGACGAGGAGCUCUCCUUUUCUGAGGGAGCUGUGAUCCGUCUGUUGAGCCGCGACACUCAGACAGAUGAUGGCUUCUGGGAGGGGGAGCUCAACGGGCGAGUGGGCGUCUUCCCCUCCGUACUGGUAGAAGAUUUCACUGAAAAUGGGGAGACCAGCGGGGGAGGGGUGGGUGACAUACAGAUCUCUCCAUCACUGAAGUUGCCAUCUUCUCUGCCCCCUCUUCCGCUGUACGACCAACCUCCCAUCAGCCCUUUCACCAGCCCCGAGACCUCCACCCCACCUCCUCUCCCACGCUCACCUUCCACUGCACUUAAUGGGGAGCACAAACCUCCACUGCCUGCCUCAUCACACAAGGGACCGCUGUCCACUCACAAUCAAAGCUCUGGCAGGAGUCCAGUGUCUCCAGGAUUUCCUCAGACUCAGCCGCCACGAUUCACCCCUGAAGGAGGCCCAGGCAAACUACGACCUGUGCGAGCUGCCCCUCCUCCACCUAAACAGCACUCCCGGAGACAGCAGGAGAAGAGCGACAAGACGGAGGAGGUGGAGAUCACACUGGUGUGACAGGCAGACAAGUUGGCAGGCUUGGUUGGUUUUAGACACUCAAAAAAAUUAAAACAGAUGACAGACAGACUUAUCCUACAGGCUGAAGAACUGAACUGCUCUGAACUGAAGUGAGCUGCGAUAAAAAGAUGUGAAGUAAACCGAACUGAACCAUGUCGACCCCUCCGGCCGCUCCGCAUCUUCUCUCCUCCUCAAGUGGAGGAGGAGAGAAGAGAGAGGAGAUAAAGGCAGAGUAUCCAAUUAAUUAAUCUCCGUAGUAGCUUCCUAAUGAAGUGCAGCAGUGGCUGCCCCCGUAUCCUUCUCCGCCCUCCCUUGUCCUUCCAGUCUUGCCUUAAAACUUCACCUCAUCAGACAGCAAACCAGAGCACAGUAAAAGGAGCAGGAAGAGGAGGGAGAAUGUUUGGAGAGGGGGGAGUGAGAAGUGAAUGAUGGGUUUGGCAAGUUUUCUUUUAUCUUAUUAAGCUUACUUUAAGAUAUUCAGUUUAUUUCUCUGUGCAGUUUAUUUCUUAUUUAUAUGUUUGAACUUGUUUUAAUCACUCACUUGCUAACAAAUAAUCAUAAAGCAUGAGAAAGAACUUUGGAGCCCUGACACUGACAAAGUAUAGUAAAGGGUAAUCAGACAAAUCAAAAAUAUCAUGAAAAUACAUAAAUAUUACUGUUACUUAAAUAGUAAAUGUAAAUAAAUAUAAAGCUUUAUACUUUAUGUAACUUUCAAUGAGUAAGGAGAUUGAUUUUCUUCCCCUUUACUGCCUAUUAGUAGAUUCAAUAAAUGAAAACAAAUUAUUUUACUCAUAUUACUAUCAUACAUAUCACUUAUCUUUCAUAAGCCCAUUUUCUUUUUAUAUGUAUUUCUUUUUUGUUUUGGUCUUGGCACACAUUUAAUCAUUUGUCUAUUAUCACCUCAAAACAUUUCCCUUUCCUCACCAAAUUCCCAACUGUCCUUAACAUAUAAUAAUUAGGAAAAUUACCAAUAUUUAGCAAGUAGUUUGUUGGCUAAAAAGCUUUUGCUACAGCAGCAUGCAGUACAAUAAUUUGAUGGUUAACAUCAGGUGCACAAGCUGUGAAGACAGUUAGCUCUAGCUAGCUAGCUAGCUGAAAGGACUGAUGCUCAGUUUGUUUGGCUCACCUGUAUUGUCAGUUAAGCUAGCUAGCCACACAGUCUAGCUAAGUUAGCUUCAGAUGGUGGCUAACAUUAAUGGAGAAAGUUGAUGCUCACUGUGCAUAGUUGCCAGUGUUUUCAUUUUAGCACAUUGUCUCCAAUGCUCCACAUAUUUAACAAAUUUCCAAAUGAUUAUACAUGCAUGGUUAAAAUAGGGAAUAAUUACAUGAUUAAAUUGAAAUUCAAACUGGGUUUGAAAAUGGGUUUGAAAAUAAAAUAGGCCAUAAAAGUUACAUAGAAAAGUGAGUGAAAUUAAAUUUUCUACUAUUGUAUCCACUGAUUGGUAGUAAAGAAAAAGAAAAAUAACUUUUAAAUAUGUUAUAUUUUUAACUUAUUUACUAAAUUUUGCGUUUCAGUGUUGGGGCUCCAUAAAAAGUAAGCUUGAUGACAGGGAAUGAGUCAAAACUUGCCAAGUUUGUCAUGUUUUGGAGUGCAGUGGGGGUUGAAGUAAAUGGACAGAGAAACUGGGUGUUGUGUGUGGACACAGCGUCCCCCUCCCCAGCCCUUCCCUUGCCAUAUAUAGUCCUUAUCAUCAUACGUAUUCAAUGUGUAUUAGUACAGUACAUUACUGUUGUCAUAGGAAUGUUAUGCACAGCGUUUCAUAUAGACUAACUCAGCUGAAUGGAUGACCAUGUCUGAUAUGUAGUGGAAGUUUUAUCCUCAUCUUAUACUGAAAGGGCAUUGUAAAUACAAUAUGAAGAAGAGAUGAAAGGAGAGAGGGGAGGAGAGGAUGAAAGAAAAAGAGAGAAAAUGGAGGCUGGAUCCUCCCUUCUGCUCUUAUCUCCACUUCUCUCCCCACCCUUCCUUUAUUUCUCUCCCUCUUUUCUCUAAUGUCUGUUCUGUCCAUUGGCAGUCAGUGUGAAUCAGUAGCUUUCAUAUACACACAUACAGUUACAUAAUAUUACACACACAUUGCUAUAUCUGCUCUCAUUCUGUGACCCGCUCUGUGUUUGUAUCACUGAUUGGUUCAGGAGGAGGACGAUGGUGCUUUCAAAGGCACUGCAAUUGUUGGUAUUCACCAUGUGGUGACAGAGAAAAGUUUUAUUUGAGAUGAUAUAGACACUGAAAAAUAUUUGGGGUCAGGAGAUUUUAUUAAUCACAGAAAGAACAGUAUGACUUUUAUCCCUACAGAUCAUAUCUCCUAUCACACUGAUUUUAUUCACCUAUAACAUAUAUCUUUGUUUAACUGACACGCAUUACAUUUGCAGGUAUUAUUUCUCUCUGUUGCUUUUGCAAAGCAUCUCCAUCACAUCACUAUGGGAUUCUGGAUUUUUAAUGCAGCAGAGAAAACAUCCAUAAAAACAAAUGAACCUUUAAUAUUUCCAGUUUGACAUCAUCCUCAUCUUUUCCCACUGUCUUACAUUUCAACUUCGAUUAACCAUGGUAGAAACAGAAAACAAAAGAGAUGUAUAAAAUAAAUACAUCAUUCUGAAUGGAAAGAACAGAACUUGCAAGCAACAUUCAAAGUACAAUUUUGUUGUUUUUUUUUGUUUUUUUUUACUCAAAGUAAAAAAAUCUUCCCCCUAACAUACCCCUCAAACCUUUAAAACUCCUUGCCUAAAGGGCAGCGUAGCACUUUUAUUUAUUUGUACCUUCCCUGGAAAGUAGCAGUACCUUCACGUAGCAGCGGGACAUGUAGAAAUGACUCUGUUGAAUCACUGUAGUUACAAAUACAGAAGUCAGAGUCAUUCUUUUCAUUCUAAUGCUGUGGUGGAUCCUCAUUGUUUCAGUGUGACUGAUACUUUUAUUUUCACUUUUCCACUCUUCUAAAGAGAUGGAGAGAUAAUUGUGGACAAUGUAAUUUGGUGUUUUCCUUAACUUAUAAACAAAUGAAAAAAAUUACAGUAAGGGAUGCUUUGAAUGAAAACAUUGAGAAAAUGUGUGUAUUUUUUUUCUUUUCUUUUUUUUAUUUGGUCUUGGGAUAGGCCUAGCUGUUUGCGCGUGUGACUGUUUAUCGGAGAGAGGAGGAAUUUUGAUUAGGUCUGUGUUCGACUCUGAAGAUGUGCCCCAGUUCCUUCCUACAUAUUUAUUUUAACUAGGCUUUGAUUUUGUUGAUCAUUCACACCACAAAUUAAAUUAUACUCAGAGAUGUCAGUAUGGAUACUAAAUUAUCUUGAUACUGUGUGUGAUGUUGAUGAACACUACUUCCUCACGGUGCACACAGAUAAGAAAUUUAGGAGCCUUUCAUAGAUGGAGACAAUUAGAAUAGUACUUGUUCUCCAUUGGUGGGGAUGCUUCAGAAACAUACUGGAAAACAAAAAAAAAAGUAUUAAAUCUGUGUUGUUCUCUACUUACUAAUGACAUUUAUCAGUCCUGCUCCAAAGUAGCAGUACAUUAACUGUAAAGUAUAUUAAUUUCCUGUGUAUUAACUGCAAAAAUAGUAUGGAUUGGUAUAAAAUACAUACUAUGUAGUAUUAAUAUGAAGUAUGAAGUAUGGAGUUGGGACACAGCUUGAGGCUUGGGCUCAAAUUGAUUGGUCUCUAUACUGGAGGUUAAUUAUGUCAGACUGAAAAAAGUGAUGCGAGAAAUUGUGAAAAUACUGAAAACAUCCUUGAUUUUUUUGCAUCAUUUUUUAGAAACAAAACAUUUUGUGUAGCAUCCACACCUAACAAAGGUUAAGCAUGCUGGACUUAGUUAAAGUUUCAGAUCCAAACCUCUGCUCUUCUGCUGUUGUAGGAACUAGCAUUGACUUGUAACAGAGUGGUCAAGACGACUUGAACAACAGCCUCUCCUUGAUCUCUCUGAGAUCUUAUUUAUACUGGUUUUCAAACUUGUUUUGAAGUUUAUGGUUUACAGCAGCAUCCCACAGAACGUCCCACCAUAAAUGCUCCAUUAGUCAAUCUAUCAAAAUGUAGGACUUUUUGUUGCUAGCUGACACUUCGAACAUGAUUAUUUUCCCUUGUUAACAGCCCAUCUGGUCUGCUACAGUGUUUAAUUUUUUGGUUUGAGCCUGUUUUUGUUUUUUAAUGUAUCAUAUAAUUCUAUAUUUUUCAUCCUUGGAUUUGGAGCAGCUGCACCGCUGCUGCUGUUAUUAAUGAUGUGGUGGAACAACUGGCCUUCUCUCUCUUCACAGACUGUUGCCAUGGUGACAAUAAUGAGAACAGGUGCAAAAGUCUUUCUGCAUAUUAUUAUUGGCUGUACAAAAAACAAAGUUUGUAUUUAUUGUGUACAAAUGUUAAUUAAUAAAAAAAAU